AUGUCCGCUACCCCAGCAAAAGUCAAAAGCCUGGUCGAUGAGCUCAUCCAGUCCGUCACAGGGCUAACUGCACAGGAGGACCCGGAGAAUUUUAACCUCUGCCGAGAUUUCGCUCUCCGCAAUUUCCGGGGAUAUAAGUUUGGGCGGACAAACCAAUUUGAUGUAACGUCGAAGCUUGAUGGUCUUGAAGAGAAAUUUCGUGUCUUCAACCGGGAUGAUCUGGCCGAUGCUUUUCGUUCUAGGCUCGAGGAGCUACCCUCCUUGACCUCCGGCUUCACCCCUGAAAUCCUUUCGCUUUUUCUGUCUUUGUCUGAUAGGCCUCUCCAAAACUCAAAGAUCUCCGAUCUAGAGCUUCUCGCAAAAUCGGAUGCUCCUAAGGAGCCCACAUGGGAGGAUAUUAUUGCCGACGACCCGAUGGUAGGAGAGAUAUGGGAGGACGUGGACUUCGGAGCUGAGAGUAGCGACGAAUGGUCCGACGAUGGUUAUACUAGGCCAAGGUCACGAGAUGGAUUUGUCGAGAGCCUGAGGAACCAGGCCGAAGAUAGGAGGAGGAAACCACAAGGCACCGGGGAUGGAGAAGCUAGAUAUAAGGGUUCAGGAGUUGAGGGAUUCAUAGUCCAGGCAGAUGAAAAGGGGCUUGAGUCAUUGAAAAAAGCGCAAUACUGGAGCGAGGGGGUACUGCCUGUUGAGCGGGAACUGGAUGUUUCCCUUGCAUCUGGCGGAGUCAAUAAUAUCUCACUCGUAUCAGAGCUCCAAGCCAUGCGAGAGGUUAUUUUCAUGCUGUUAGGAUAUCCUUGUCUACUCUUCCAAAGAAAACCUAACGAUACAACUAUUCUAGUAAAUACAGAUAGUGUGACAAAACACUUUGCGCUGAGUCAUGCUUCACUGCCUGCAUUUAGAGCUAUUCUUAGCUGGUAUGCAGGUAAAGGGACAAAUAUCAAUGUUAUCCGCACCUUCGCACGAUCCAAAACCUCCACCACGAACUUUCCCGAGCGCCAAACCUUCGUCGCAUCUGUUUGUGAUAAGCUUGCCAUCCUCGAUCAGCACUUAAUCAAGCUGGAGGAGCUUCUAUUGGUGGGGAGUAAAGGCUUAGAUCAAAUAGUCUCGUUGCUGGCGCUCCAGGGCGAACUAGAACCCUUUCUCACUCCCUUUGACCUCCUCUCGGAUAUCAUAGCCAAACUUCCCCAGACAGGAAAGCCUCCAGCUGAUCUGGCACUACAGCACUUAGAAAGCCUCUUCCAGCUAGCGUGUAGGCUACAGUCCACGGGCGACCAAAAAUCUUUCAAGUUUAUAAUGGACAUAUUUUUCAGCUGUCUGCAAACGUAUUUGCGCCCUAUCCAUCAAUGGAUGGAAUCCGGCGAACUCCGCAAAGAUGACGAAGUAUUUCUUAUAUCUAAAACCCGCAGCGAUGAGGAGGUCGAACUAGGAGGUCUAUGGAGCGAUCAGUAUUCCCUGAGAAAGGAUGUGUCCGGAGUGCUAAAGGCACCUGAAUUCGUCCACGCAGCCGCAGCGAGAAUAUUUAUCACCGGCAAAAGUGUCGUUUUCCUAAAACGGCUUCUAGAACACGGUAUACCAAGUUCUGCCCUCCCACUCCAACCACAGCCUGUCAACAGAAUAGACGUCAACCUCUCUACAGCUUGCAAGAGCGGCGAGUACCUCGCACCCUUUUCGGAUAUGUUCGCCGCAGCAUUCGACAAAUGGAUAAACGACCGUCACCAUUCAGUCUCCUCUCGCCUGAGAGAUAUAUUAUACCAGGACUGCGGUCUAUGGAAGAGCUUAGAUGCAAUUGAGCACAUAUAUCUUUGUAAAAAUGGUCAUCUCUUUGACACGCUCUCACAGGCGAUGUUUGAAAAAGUUGAUAAGGGUGUGCAGACAUGGGGGGAUCGGUUCCUGCUCACGGAGUUACUGCAGGGGAUAUACGGGGGUGUCGGAUGUGUGGAGGUCGGCAGGAUGAGGAUGAGGGCUAAACCGGAAAGCACAAAAUCCCUUCGAGAAAGAAGAAGGACUGUCAAGAUGUGGAAGAGCCUUGAAUUGAGUUACGCUCUACCAUGGCCGAUAAUGAACGUCAUUCGUAAGGAAUCAUUUGACGUGUACAACAACAUAUUCUCGUUCUUACUACAAAUACGGAGAGCAAAGUACGUGCUCGAGCGACUCACACUAUUAAAAGAGGAUUUUAGAACUCUAGGUGAGAGUGGGGAGGGCGCUAUGUACUACUCCUUGAAGCACAGACUCUUGUGGUUUGCGAACAUAAUUUAUUACUAUCUCACCAAUUCGGUCCUAAUUCCACAAACAACCCAUAUGAGGCAGGAAAUGGCAAGAGCGGUGCAUGUAGACGGCAUGAUACAAGUGCAUAACACCUACAUCCAAAAGACCAAAGAACAAUGUCUGCUGGGGGCAAAGCUGGCGCCAAUCCACCAGGCAAUAACCUCGAUUCUCGACAUCUCAAUCUUCUUCUCGGACGCUCACCUUGCGCAUAGCACUGCACUAAAAACCCUCGACGCCCCCAACGCCUCAAUUCACGAUAUCUCUGUCUUCAUCUCAUCCCACAACCCCCGUCGUCGCCACCGCCGUCGCCAACAUCAAACAGGAGAACCCUACGACUACAACGACAUCUCUGACUCGAACUCCGACUCUGAAGAUUACGUAGAAGACAAUUUCGAGGGCAUGAACUCGUACAUAUCUUUCGAGAACGAAGCGUAUGCGCGGCAGAUCGGGCACAUGAGCGAGAGGUUUAACACCCUGCUUGAGUUUGUGCGAGCCGGCCUGAGAGGUGUCGCGAGGGCGGGUGUGAUGCCGCACUUGGAGGUUCUGGCUGAGAGUUUGGAGGGGCCGGGGAGGGGUGGUGGCACGUGAUUGGUUCACUGGCCGAUGGGUCGGGAGUUUUUCUUGUCCCCUUUUUGUAUAAUAAGGUGGCCAGGCCUCCAAGUAAUUGAGGUAGCCGAGGCUUCGGCUACGAUGUUCUUACAAUCAAACCAUAUAUC